AUGGACCCUGAAGCGAACCCCGCCCCUCGGUUUACGUCUCUGCCGAGUGAUCACUGCGGCUGCGCGGGCCGGGGCCCCUUUCAAUGCGGCCCGGCCGGUCCCGGCCCGCUCCAUUCGGAACGCUCGUGCUGGGAUGCGGCGGGAUCCUCGUCCGAGCGCUGUGCCGCGCGCGACGCAGGGACCGGCCCCGGUGCUGCCCGAAUCCUGAGGCGCUCAGGCUUCUUCAUCAGACCUUUCUACAAGAUGAUGCUGGGGAAGCCCAUAACCCUGAAGGACAUGGAGUCAGUGGAUAGUGAAUACUACAACUCUCUGAAGUGGAUCCUGGAAAAUGACCCCACCGAGCUGGAUCUCACGUUUUGCAUAGAUGAGGAAAACUUUGGGCAGACAUAUCAAGUGGACCUGAAGCCCAACGGGUCCGAAAUGAUGAUGGUAACAAAUGAAAACAAGCGGGAAUACAUUGACCUGGUCAUCCAGUGGCGAUUUGUCAACAGAGUGCAGAAAGAAAUGAAUGCCUUUCUGGAGGGAUUCACAGAACUGCUUCCUAUCGACCCGAUUAAAAUUUUUGAUGAAAAUGAGCUGGAGUUACUGAUGUGUGGCCUUGGUGGCGUGGAUGUCAGCGGCUGGAGACAACACACCAUCUACAAAAAUGGUUACUGCCCAAAUCACCCUGUUAUCCGGUGGUUCUGGAAGGCUGUGCUGCUGAUGGACGCUGAGAAGCGGAUCCGGCUGCUGCAGUUCGUGACCGGGACGUCCCGCGUGCCCAUGGACGGGGCGGGACAGGGGCGGGACCGGGCAGUCCCAGAAGGCAGAGCCCGGGAGGAACCGGGAUGAAGCGGGGCGGGCCCGGGGCUGGGGCCGAGGUGAUUUAAUGCCUAGAAACCACUCGGCCGCCGUUUGCUGACGCCGAGUAGGGUGAGAGGAGGAGCUGCUUGUUCGGGCUCCCAGGUGUUUCCCAGUCCAGCUCGCUGAGCCUCCAGCUCUGACUGUGGCAUGUUCUUCAUUCCAGCUCUGGCUCUGAGAUGCUGCACUUGAUGGCUGCUCCAGUUCCUUCCAGCUCUGG